AUGUCGCAAACGGAAGGAGGAGGAGCAUUCUUGCGGUAUUUCCGACCUGAAGAUGCGGACUUCGUGAGACGAAUUUUUCGCACCCUUGCCAACCUACCGUUGGACGAGGUGGUGACGGCAGAGAACCUUGUUUCUGUCCUCACAGGGCCCAACGCACAACUGAGCUCCCGGUUCGUGCAGUCGAGGAUCUAUAUAGGAGACAGCACGGCUCGACCAACUGAGCGACAGUGCAAAGGACAGGUCAAUGCGUGGAUGAGCGAGGAUAAUGCUGACGCGAAUGCCGAAAUCUAUAUCUGUGACGACGCCUUUGACUGGCCGUCCAUCGAAGAGAUUGCCAACCCUCCACAAACGUCAUGGGCAAGAGACAACCAAGGCCGGCCGCUCCCUGGAUACUCGUGCGACGGUCUGGGGGAUUUUGACUCGGACUGGAUGAAGACCAUGGGUUCCAUUAUCCUGCACGAGUACAUGCACUGGGGGUUCUUGUAUAUACAGGUUCCCAACUGGUACUAUUAUAUCAAGACUACAAGUAUGGGCUUCCGAGCGAUCGAAGACUACACCGGCCCAUUUCCACCCAACGGGUAUGGUGCCUACCAUGCCAAGACGAUCAAGGACAUCUAUGGAAGUUGGGACCAAGCUUGGCCCCAGACCCUUAACAAUGCUGACAACUACGUCUACUACGCUCUGUCAAAGUACUGGUCCUGGCGAUGCGGCAAACAAUUUGGGCCUGCGCCAAGCGAACACGACGCGCAUCAGCGUGGAGCCAGCGGUUGGCGACCGCCCGAUUGA